AUGGGCGGACGUAAGAGCAAAAAGAAGCCCAUGGCGAGAAAAAAGCUUACCCAACCGCUGGACGUUCUCUUUAACUGUCCCUUCUGCAACCACGAAAAGAGCUGCGAGGUAAAUCUGUGUCGUCCAGAAAACAUUGGCCACAUCUUCUGUCACGUCUGCCUGGAGGACUUUAAGACGACCAUCAACUACCUCUCUGAAGCGAUUGACGUCUACGCUGAGUGGAUUGACGCUUGCGAGAAUGUUAACAACUAG